AUGAAUUUCAAUGUUUCAAUUCAAUUGUUUUUAUUUUUUAUUCUUUUUAAUUCUAUUUCUUAUGUUUAUUCAGCAUCCAGCUCAUCGGUUUUUGCUAGUUCACUUAAACAUACAAAUCGUAAAUUCGAUAAAACAAUAACUAAUCGAAAAAGUAAAGGUGCAACAUUUGGAAAUGAUUUAGAUAUCGAUGAUGAUGGAAUACCUCAAUUUAAUUCUGAUGAAUCUCGAUUACGUUCAAUAUUACUUGAAAGUUAUGUACCUGAAGCUCGACCAGUUAUUAAUACAACAACAGUAACUGUGGUUGAUGUUGGUCUUACCAUCAUUCAAGUGAUGAAUUUAGAUGAACAAAAUCAAGUAAUGACAACAAAUGUUCAAGUUACAUUAAAAUGGCAAGACGAACAUUUACGAUGGCUACCCAGUGAAUAUAAUGAUCAAAAUCGUACAGUUUUUUCUGCACUUGAAAUUUGGACACCUGACAUUGUUCUAUUCAAUUCAGCUGAUGUUGCUUAUUCUCAACGACGUGAACAUUAUUUAUUAACUGUUCAUUGGAAUGGUACAGUUGAAUGGGUCUAUCCAGAUGUAUUUCGAUCUUAUUGUGAUGUUGUCAUAACAUAUUUUCCAUUUGAUAAACAAAAUUGUACACUUGAAAUUCAAUCAUGGUCACGCCCAUCUGAUGAAUUAUUAGUUCGACAUCAACCACAAAAUGUUCGUCAACAAAGUCAAUAUAUUCGUACAGAAUGGCAAGUUUAUGAAAUCGUUGUACGAAAUGCUACAAUGAAUCGUUAUUUAUGGCUUGUAUUUCAUAUAAAUAUGAAACGUAAUUAUCAAUUCUAUGUUAAUCAUAUGAUAUUUCCGUUUUCAAUAUUAUCUUGUUUAACAUUAUUUGUUUUUUGGCUUCCACCGGAUUCAGGUGAAAAAAUUACAUUAACCAUUACAAUUCUUCUUGCUUUAACAGUUUUUCUUCAACUUAUUUCCGAUUAUACACCAAAAGCUUCUUCGAAUCUUCCUAUUAUUGGUAAGCUAAAUAUUUUAAAAGAGCUUGUAUUUUAUUGA